UGUGAAUUUCAAAGUAAAAAAUGGAGAAUAAGCUUUAUAAUGCAUGUUUGGAAGGCAACAAGAGUGAGUUGUUGAAUUUGCUUCAAGAGGAUGCACUUCUUCUUGACAGAUUCAUCACUGGACGUUACCCUGAAACCCCUCUACACGUUGCUUCCAUGCUCGGCCAUCUCGAAUUCGUCGAUGAAAUUCUUACUCGUAAGCCUGAGCUAGCCAAAGAAGUUGAUUCUCGAAACUCAUCGCCGCUUCACUUAGCUUCGGCAAAAGGGUACCUGCAAAUUGUGAAAAGGUUACUGCAGGUUGAUCCUGAUAUGUGUCUUGUUAGUGACAUUGAUGGGAGGAACCCUCUUCAUACUGCUGCCAUGAAAGGUCACUUUGAUGUGUUGAAAGAGUUGGUCCAAGCCAGACCCUGGGCAGCUCGUGUGUUGAUGGACCAAAGUGAGACCAUUUUACAUGCGUGCGUGAGGUGCAACCAGUUGGAAGCGUUGACGUUGCUCGUGGAAAGAGUUUCGGAUCAUGAGUUCUUGAAUUGUAAGAAUCAUGACGGUAACACUAUCUUGCAUCUGGCGAUAGCUGCUAAACAAACAAAGAUCAUAAACUUGUUGAUUUCUAGCACAACGAUAGACGUAAAUUGUGUGAAUGAAGAUGGCUUCACUGCACUUGAUCUUUUAUCACGAAACCAACGAGACGCGAUUGAUAAAGAGAUUGUGGAAUCACUUAGAAGGAUGGGAGCUACACAUGGACAAGACAAACCUCUGUCAAAUUCUCAACUCAAGGCAAUAAGGACCAAAAUCUUGUCGUCCACAUGGGAUCAGCCAAACGCAGCAUCAAAAUCAAAGAAGAGAAAAGAUGGAAAGAGGUCAGUUAAAAAUAAGAAUGGUGAUUGGCUAGAAAGAAAACGCAACACCUUAAUGCUGGUGGCUUCCCUGCUCGCCGCCAUGGCAUUCCAAGCGGGCAUCAACCCUCCCAGUGGCGUUUGGCAAGAUAAUGGCCCCAGUGGUUUUUCAUCGACAGAAUCAAACGGUAAAAAUCACACGGCGGGGUUUUCUGUAUUGGCAGAUAAUCAUCAACGAGUAUAUACGUUAUUCAUCGCAUGGAAUACAACGGGUUUCUUGGCGUCUCUCAGCAUCAUCCUGAUGCUUAUAAGUGGAUUGCCGUUGCGGCGUCGGUUCUUUAUGUGGGUUUUAAUGGUCAUCAUGUGGGUUGCCAUUACUGCAAUGGCAUUAACAUAUCUAGAAUGUCUCGUAGCAUUAACACCUGAUCAUCAAAACUCUUUGCUGAUCACUAUAUUAGGAAUUGCUGUGCUGGUUUGGAUCGGCUUGAUGCUCAUACUCCUCCUCGGACACAUGAUUCGAGUCCUAUUCAGAUUGAUCAAGUAUCUGAGAAAAUCUGUGAUGAGAUUGAUGAGAUUGAUGAAUCCAAUCGCCACACGCCCUGCUUUAGUUUAAUGCGUACAAUUGAGUCGUGUGAGAAGUGAGAACACUUGAACUAUAGCAAUGGUUGUAAAAUAUAAUGUCUAAGCUUAAAGCCUUAAAGGCAGGGUUUAUGAAUGGAAAAAGUUGUGUGUUUUAUUGUA